CAAAAGUGUAUCAACAAGAAGGGGUUCACAUUUACAGUCAACGGUUUCAUUGCGUUCGGUGUGCGGAUUUUCAUCUACUUUAUACUGGUGCACUAGUAGAGUUGAGCGCGGACGAUAAAGAACGUAUCGUCACGGUGCAUCACCACCAUUGGAAAUAUUUUAUUAAAAAAAAAUACAAAAUUGGAAAAUUCACCACUAAUAGUAGUAAAAUUUAUUUCGCCCUAAAUUUAAAAGAAUAAAUAAAAAAAGAAAAGCCUAAAAGAAAGUUUACUUGAAAAUAUUGAAGAAAAAACGUUUUAAUGGAGAAUCCAGUAAAACUUAAUUCAAUACACCGCUAAAUUGGCGAAAAAGGACGGCAACUACGUUAAUACAAAGCAUAUAAUCAGUUUUUGUUUUUUUUUUAUUAAAACAAGACAUUGUGUGUGCAAAUUUAAAAUUUCUAUAUACAACCCAAAAGACUGUGUGCUGAAAUUUUGAAACAAAGGAAAAUUUUCCUUUUGUGUGGACAACCUCAAGCAGUGCUCUUUCACCGUAAAUCCAUCAAAUAUCACUGGAUUAACUAACUUUGCAGCAGUUUCUUUUUUCGCUGGAUCUUUUUUUUUGUUGGUGUUUUGUGUCACUGUUAAAAGGAAAUAUCCCAAACGUCUAAAAAAUAUCUUGUGGUGCGUCGAGACGAAAUUUUUUUUUGGACACUCACUCACAAAUUCAACGACAAAGAACAAUCUUAUUCUGGAUUUUUUUUGUUACGGUCUAUUCUAAAAUCUAUAUUUGUCGUAGAGAAAUUCGACAACAAUUGAACUACUGUGUGUGACAAAAUUAUCCAUUUAUAGUUUGUCGAAGUGAAACUAAAUUAGUAGAACAAGAGGAACUUUAAGUGCCGUCUGGAACAUUUAAGAAAAAAAAGAACAAAAUUAUUCUGAACAUUUUUGAAGAAAUAAUCUAAUCUAAUUGACUUUUGAAGACAAGACUAGCUUUAAUUUUGAAUGUUUGUUUUCUUUUAAUCAACUGAAUACAGUUAGUCAUUAUUAUUAUUUUUUUUUAAUAUAAAUACAUCUACCAAGUGUGUGUUGUUUAAUUGUACAAUUUUGUAUACUCGCCCAAAAAAAAAACAGUUUUUUUUAUACACAACUAUUAUUUUUUGAAAUAUUGAUACAACUUUUGUUACAAAACAACUCAAAACGUUGAUGUACAUUUUGUUUUUUAAUUUAAAUGCUGUUUUUUGUGUUAACCUUUCACCAUCAAUCGAAUCAAAGUGGAGAAGAUCACAUUUGUCUCCACGAGCAGUAGAUGAAUGGCAAAGAGCGAUCCAUUGAUGUAUAGAAUUAAUUAAGCUGGCAGAAAAUGUGCAUACGUGUUAUAUAAAAUCACUAUACACAAGCAACUAGGAGAAUUAAAAUAAACGUGAUUCUAUUUUAAAUAAAGAGAUUGAGAGAUAAAUGCAAAAAAGAUCUAAUACCAAGACCAUUGAGAAGGAAACUAAACGAUCACAGAUAAGUGCGAAAGUGAACAAUUGAUUCUAAGAAAUUUAAUUGCACAAAAUUGCAUUAAAAAGAGAUUUUAUUAAAAAAAUAACUAAAUAAAUGCUAUAAAUGAAAAGUGAUUAAAGUAAAGACGGAACUGGCCUCUAGAAUAACAAAAGGAGAUUGAACAUAAAAAAAUAAUAAUUUCAUCAAUAUCAAAAAGUGAUAGAGAUUUAUGUUUAUUUUUGCUAUCCAAUCAAAAUCCAAUAAAACGUAUUCUCAACUAUUCCGAAGGGGGAAGUUAUGAUGAGCUCAACAAAAGUGGAUAAUUCUAUAGGAUUAUCGCAAACAAGGAGCAAUUUGUGGAAAUCACAAGUGAUCGAACAAAAUGAUCUGUAAUAGAGUGUGUGAGUGUAUUUGGAAACGAAGCAAUAACUAAACUAAAGCCUAUAUAUCUGGAAAUUUUUGGAUUUUCCAAGAGACAUUUUGUUGUGUACAUCAUCAUCUAUACCAAUUUUUUUCUGGUGUAGUUUGCAAAAAGCAAAGAGAACAAAAAAAAACAAGAACGAAGACUCUAAAAGACAUUUCAAUACUUGAUCUCUCAAGUAAAGAAGUGAUCAUUGUUGUACUCAGUUUGUCCUACAAACACGUAAAAAUACAUACAUAUACGAAAAGGUGAACAGUUUUUAACAUCCGGUAUUAUACUUCAUUUGCACAUCCAGACACCGGCGGCGACCUUUCACAGUGCUUUUUUUUUGUGCAACCCAAAGAAAAAGCACCUUUAAGCCGACUAUCUAUAGUCGGAGCAUAUUAAUUAUUCAAUCAACUGAUCCCCAGGGAUAAAAGAUUGCAUCCAACAAUAUUCAGCUAAAAAUGGCAGAGGGAAACGGUGAAGUAGUCGAUGAUAUACCAGGAACGAAGUCAGAAGAUCGAGGAGAUGGUGAACGAACUGAGGAUUACUCAAAACUUUUGGAAUAUGGACUUGACAAAAGAGUUGCCAGUAAGCUAGAUGAUAUUUACAAAACUGGCAAACUGGCGCACGUGGAGCUGGACGAAAGGGCUCUCGAUGCGCUUAAAGAAUUUCCGGUUGAUGGUGCCUUGAAUGUUCUGAGUCAGUUCCUAGAAUCAAAUCUGGAACAUGUGUCCAACAAAUCGGCCUAUUUGUGUGGUGUUAUGAAAACAUACAGACAAAAGAGCAGAGCAAGCCAACAAGGUGUACCUGCGCCAACAACAACAGUGCAAGCAAAAGGACCCGAUGAGGAGAAAAUCAAACAAAUUCUUGAACGCACAGGAUAUACAUUAGAUGUAACGACAGGACAGAGAAAAUACGGAGGACCUCCACCAAAUUGGGAUGGUCCAACACCAGGCAAUGGAUGUGAAGUAUUUUGUGGAAAAAUUCCCAAGGAUAUGUAUGAAGAUGAGUUGAUACCGCUGUUUGAGAAGUGUGGUCCAAUCUGGGAUCUACGGCUUAUGAUGGACCCAAUGACCGGCACAAAUCGUGGUUAUGCGUUUGUCACAUUCACGACACGCGAUUCAGCACAAAAUGCCGUCAAAGAGCUCGAUAACUACGAAAUAAAAUCUGGCAAGUGUUUGAAAAUUAACAUAAGCGUACCGAAUCUACGCCUAUUUGUAGGCAACAUACCAAAAUCGAAAGGCAAAGAGGAGAUAUUAGAGGAAUUUGGUAAAUUGACAGCGGGACUUGUUGAAGUCAUAAUUUAUAGUUCGCCAGAUGAUAAGAAAAAGAAUCGGGGCUUUUGCUUUCUCGAAUACGAAUCACACAAAGCGGCCUCGUUAGCAAAACGAAGACUCGGCACAGGAAGGAUUAAGGUGUGGGGUUGCGAUAUUAUUGUCGACUGGGCCGAUCCACAGGAGGAACCUGAUGAGCAAACCAUGAGCAAAGUGAAGGUUCUCUAUGUGCGCAAUCUUACACAGGAUAUUAGUGAAGAAAAGCUCAAGGAGCAAUUUGAGCAAUUUGGAAAGGUGGAACGAGUAAAAAAGAUUAAGGAUUACGCUUUCGUCCAUUUCGAAGAUCGAGAUAAUGCAGUCCUAGCAAUGCGUGAUUUAGAUGGAAAAGAACUUGGAGGCUCUAAUAUCGAAGUCUCUUUGGCGAAACCACCGUCGGACAAGAAGAAGAAGGAGGAGAUUCUGAGGGCGCGUGAACGUCGAAUGUUGCAAAUGAUGCAGGGACGAGUUGGAAUCACAGGUGAUGAAGACUUCAGAAUGUCACCUUCCCAUCCCAGUAUGAUGGCUGGAAUGCCACCAAUGAGAGGUGUAUCCAGUUGUCCAAGAAUCCCAUUGAGAGGUCCAAUGGGACGUGGUGAUUACGAUUAUGAUUACGACUUUUAUGGGUAUUCGGAUUAUCGCGGGGGAUACAGUGAGCCAUAUUACGAUGAUUAUUACCGCUCUUACGAUGGGGAUUACUACUAUGAUUAUUCCCCAAGUGGUGUGGCACCCGCUGCAGGCGGACCACCGAGAACAUCCAGAUCAGAUUCGGGGGGUGGUCAUGGGCGUGGAAUCACGGCGCGUGGCCGAGCCGCUGGGCUCCGUGGCAACACCAAUCGUCAGGGGGCCCCUCCGGUUCAACGGGGGGCCACCGUGGGGGCUCAGGCAACAGCCGGGGGGGUCCGUGGGGCGGGUCAAACUCGUCUCAACGCUCGUGGCACCCAGCGCGGCAAGCCGCAACAAAAUUUACCAGGUGAGGAGGACGCAGUCGGUAAACGCAAAUUUGACGGUGGUCACCAGAAUCAGGGAGAUCCGAAACGACGCUAUGGAAGUGGAAUAGGAAAUGGUGGUCCUGGAAAUGGUGGUAACUGGGGCAGUCAGCCACUGCCUCAACAACCUUUAGGCGCCAAUGGUGAACAAUGGUAUACUGACACUUAUCCGAGUUGGAGUUAAAACGGAAGUUGUGACAAGGUGAAUUAUGAUUAAUGCAGAUGAAGGCGAUUUAUUAAUGCUGCAUUAGAGGACAGAUUCAAACAUUAUUGCGAUAAAAUAUUAAUUGUAAAAACAAACAAAAAAGAAAACCAGAGAUGUUAAGAAGGAUUUACAAUGGACACAUACUAAAUUCUAAUAUUUGUAGAUUUUGACAUUAAAUUAUAUAUCAAAUUGAUUAUAGAGGAAAAAAACACCCUUAUCGUAUUGUAGAGGGAGUCAAGUGAAAUACACUUUUAACUUAUUAGGCAUUGUUCCAAAAAGAAAAUCUUCAAAGAGGAAAAAAAAAAUAUUAAUAAAAGAUUAAAAAAAAUAAACAUUUUCUAGAAGAGAGUGCAUGAUAAAAAAUUUUUUUCUAGGAAUUUUAAAUUAAAAUUCUCUAUUGAAAAAACGUGUAUUCGUGACUGAAAGUUUUGAGAUUAACUAUAUACAUAUUUGAUAGUGUUGGAGGUAAUCAGAAAAAAAAUGAAGAAAUUUAUGCUUGAAAUUUCGGGAAAAGACGAGAAAAAUUCGACCAAAUGUGGUAAAUUCAUUAUUGACGCUCUUAUGGUAGUAGUGAAAACAGAAAUUAUUUAAACAAAAAAAAAGAGGUAAAUUUUAUUUAUUUUUGGUGUAAAAAUUCUCUUGAGUAAUAUUUUUUAAAAAUCUUGCUUAUAAGGUAAUAAAUACAAUAGAGGAUUCUGAGGGAAUCUAUAAAGAGAUCCAAUUCAAGAAAUUUUGUAGUCAAUGGCUUUGAGCGUUGUUUAUUAGCAUCUCGGUCUGGAAUAUCAGAAUCAUCUGAAAGAUUUUGCGAUAUCAUUAAAUAUCAAAAGAAAAAAUUCAUGGGGUUUUUUUGGGAUGUUUUUUUUUAAAAAACAACAAAAAUGUGACAAAUUAUUCAAAAGAACAAAAUUUACACAAAAAAUCGAAUUUAGUAUUUAAAAAAAGUGAAAAUAAUUAUUAAAAGCUAGGAACUAUUGGCGUAUUAAUUUGAAAAUGGGAAGAUAGUAAAAGAGAAACUGGAGGGAAUUGUAAUCUUAAGUGUAACUUUGUCAUCACCGUUUUAACUUGUCAUCGUUCGCUAAAUUAUCUCUUUAGGUGUUUAAGUAUACUUGUAAGCUUUUAACUGUGUGUGUUAGAUUUGAAAAAAAAAGUGAGAGAAAAAACACAGAAAAGAAAUUAAAGAUCAUCAUUGGCAUAAGAUAUUUUUUUUUCUUAAAAUAAUUGUUAGCAAAGAGUGAAAAAGAAAAGGAAAUCUAGAACCACCAUUUUCUAUUUUUUUUUUAUAAAUUGCAACAAAUUAAAAAAAAAACUAUUUAUAAAUUUAAGGAAGUAAUUAUUACAUCGACUGACUUUUUGUAUUAUAACUAAAUUUUUUUUUCUAAUUUCGUUUUCUAAUUGUAAAAGAUAAAAAAAAAAGAUAAAGUGAGAGACGAAAAAACGAGUGAAUUGAUGGAGAAUUUUUUUCUCAAAUCAAAUUUUUGGACACAUGUUCUUCUAUUUUUUAAAGGAAUUGGACGAAAUGUAUUUGGUUAUAGGGAGUGAAAAAAAAUUUUGAAAAAAUUCCAAAUUGUGAUGAAAAUUAGGUGUUUAUUUUUCAAAAAGAAAAAUGAGGGUAUUUUCGAUACGUACUUUUAGGAAAUUAUGAAAGGAAAAAAUUGUGUAAAAAAAAAAUCUCAAAAUUAAUUUAAUAAUUGGCUUGUUGAGCGCAAAAUUUACGGUGUAAGAAUUAUAUAAAAAAGGAAAGGAAGUUUUAAUGAAAGUGAAAAGAUUAUGAGAUUCACGACAAUAAUCGAUAAAAUCGGUUGAAAAUGGGAACUAUAGAAAAGCAAAACGAAGAGAAUAAGAAAAAAAACAUACACAAAAAGUCGAUAAAAUCGAUGAGUAGAAUCAGCAAAAGAAAAUUGCAGAAGGUCGGACAAAGCGAAUUAAUAAAUGUAGUAAAGAUAGUUCGUUGUAAUAAUUUCAGCCAAAAUCUUCCAAAAUCCGUAGUCUCGUCGCUUUUUUCUCUGGGGAGGUGAAUUUAAAUAAAAACCACACAAAAAAAACAAUGAAGAAUGUGGGAAAAGUCUAUGAAAAAAAUAAUAAUAUUAGAAAAGAAAAAAUAUUCUCUAAAUAGUAGGAAAAAAUGAAGAAAAAAAAAUAGUAGGAAAUAACAAAAUUUUUACACAGAUUUUUUUUAUCAAUUAAACAAAUGAUGUUAUGUUUAAUUUAAUUAUAUAUAUUUUCUCUAAAGUAAUUGAUUUUUAAAUAACUAUUUUAAUUUUAGAUGCAAAAAAAAAUCAGAAAAGGAACAUAAAAGAAAAGAGAUAUGAGAGGAUGAGAAUGCCAUAGUAAUGUUUGUAUUUUUUAAUUUCAUUAUGAUUAAUUUUGAAGUUUUUUUUUUCAUUUGACUAGUAACUUUCUUUUGUCUAUUAUAAUUUUCUUUUUGGUUGAUUUCAUUUUUUUUAUAAUGCAUCUUAUUGAAAUGUAAAAUAAAUUUUUGAUUUAAACACCAAUUUUUUCUUGAUAUUUUUUUUUUAUUUACAAUAUUGUUAUUUUCCACACAAAAUAUUUAGAUACGGAAUUUUUCAUGCAAAUUCAACAUUUAAAAAAGAAAUAGGGUCAUAGUUUUUCUGUAGAUUGAAAAAGCAAAAAAAAAAGAAAGAUUUUAUACCACAAAUGGGGAGGGGGUAAGAAAUAAAUAUUAGAAAAAAAAAGAAAAUAUGCAAUUUCUACUGAUACAGCCACAGUUCAGCGGAUGAGAAGUGAGAACAAGUUCUGAAAUACACGUCAUGUAUAUGUAUGUUAUAUAAAUUAUGUACAUAUAUGUAUGUUGUAAAUAUGGCAAAGAAAAUUUUGCAAUUAGUCCUAUUAAUUAACAAAAUGAAAGUAAACGCUAAAAAGGAGAGAAAAGGCAGAGGAAUUAUUAAAAAAAAAACUAUGCAAAUGUAAUUUGCAAGGACGAGUUGGACGAGCAAAAUCAUUUAAAUUGACACAUUUGAUUCUGCUCAUUGACUUUGCAUUUUGCGUAAUGCUCUUUGAACUUGAGAAAACAUAUUUUUAGUAUUCACUUUUGAUGUUAUAUAGAAACUAUGGGGAUUUUAAGUUUAGAACGGGCAUUGGAUCGAUUUUAUCAUGAGAAUUUUAGUUAAAUUCUGGUUUUAAAAAUUAUUUGCUUUAUAUUUGCUUUUUCAAUAAACUGAAGCCCUGCAGGCUUUUACCGAUAAACUAUUUCAACAUUUUGGCUAAAAUACUUUUUUCUACUCUUUUUUUUGCAAAUGCCCUUGGCUUGAGGCAUUCUCAAUUUGCCUGAACUUCUGGAAACUGGGUAGUUUUGGACUAUAACCCGGUAUUUAAGUAGCCAAAUUCAACAUUCAUGCCUAAAAGCAGCUGUGUAUGUCCUUUUCCAUAUUCUAGUUAACACAAAAACGGAAUAAACAGUUUGAUUAGUAAAUGAACUGUUUCUAUCGAGAAAUCUUAUUAAAAACAGGCAAUAUCGCAUAUAACAAAACGGCUGUGACAAAAUCCGAAAAAGGGCAGAAGAUUAUUCAAGCGGUAGGGGAAAGUAGUCUCCCUUCGAACGUUCAUGCCUUCGAAUAAUGUGAAUUUUCUUUUGUUUUUCCUAAGAGACUUACACAUUUCUAUUAAAUAAUUAGUUAGAUUAUCAUCAAUUAUUGAUAAUUACAAGAUAAUUAUGUGUAAGUUUCUUAGGAAAAUAAAAGAAAAUUUACAUUAUUCGAAGGCAUGAACGUUCGAAGGGAAAGUACUUUCCCCUAAUUAGAAUAGAAGAGCACUUAAUGGGUCAAGGGGUACAGUACUCUCCCUAUGAUGCAAGUAUCUCGGGUUUGAAUCUCCUUUAGGUCAUCAGGAACUUUUCUGGCGUUAAAGGUGCUCAUAUUGUAUCCAUGUGAGCUUCACUGCACUUGAUUCCACGGGGAAUGUAACUGACAACCUCAUCCCUGUACAAGAAAAAUAAUGAUGCGCGUCUAGAAAUUCCCUUGCGGGAAGGCCUAGCUCCUCUAUCGAAUGUUGUUCCGGCAUUUUAUUAUUAAUUAGAAUACAAACUAGACCGAAAAAUGGGCCUUUCCUAAUUUUUUUUUAUAGAAAUCUUUAUAAAGAAUUACUUGUAUUCUAAAGAAUUAUUUAGAUUCUUUGUAGAGAAUGAAAAUGGUAAAAUGAAAGGAGGUAGAUUUUUUGUCCACUUUUAGACAGUGUAUUCAGGCUGAAGGUAUAGCCACGUUCCAGCAGAGCCACUGAAUUAUAAGAAUCCUACUGAUUAAUUGUUCUUAUUCUGCCCUCUUAAUUUGAAAUUUUUCUGAAAAACUUGCAUAUUUAUGCUGGAGUCACGGUUCUAAAGAUCACAUUUGCAGCAGCCUUGUAGGGGAGACUAGAUGAAAUUAGCAAAUUAAUCUAUAUUUUUUGCAUUUAUCAGGGUGAUGUAUUAAGACUAAGAGUUGGCUCAAUUUUCCACAUUGGAUAAACUAAAACAUCCAACUGUCUAAUAUUACCCUUGGAUAACCUUACCUCGGUUGCCCCUAUUUAUAUUAAGUGAGAUUCUUAACAAUCUCACCUACUAUUUUGCUACAUCUUAAGUGAGAGUUGUAAGGCCCUGUCAGGCCAGACCAUUGUUUCCUACAGAGGGUACGGUUUUGUUUCCCAAAUAUUCAUGCGAAGAUAGUUACGUGAGGUUACAAAUGUUCCAAUUUCUAAGGAUUAAGAAACUUAUUAUCCGUAAAUGUCAUUUCGAUUUAUUUAUACUAUUUGAUUUUAUUUAUAUAACGUGUAAAUGGUGCACUUCAAUUUUAAAGAUAUCUUAUCCUUCGUAUCCGGAAGCUUAAUAAAAUUUGAAAAUACUUCGUAGCUGAUGCAUUUUGAACUCCAUUUGAUUCUUCAAUUUUUACAUAAUCUCUUCUUCGUUUUUGUGACACUUCUCUAACACUUUUACAGAGCCUUUGAGUUUUAAAAUAAUGUAUUCUACUUUUUUUUACUCUACUUAUUAAAUGAGAUUUUUUACGGGAAAAUAAGACUUCGAAAUACGCUACGUCCUGCCUCAAACGCUACUUCUAAUCAUAUUCUGUAAAUGGAACUGACCACCAAGAAGCAUUUUUUUCUUAAUAAAUAUAGUCUUGUAGAAUAUCCUAACUAAAACGUUAUAGAACCAAAAUUCUUACAAGCAUCUUAUAAAGCUCUUGGUUUCGGGGCUUAAUAGCUUCUACAGAAACUUCUGUAAGCCUAGAUGGGGCUCACCUAAAUAAAAAUACAACCUUACAGAGGAAAAUUGGAGAACUGAAGGUGCCACCCAUUUUUCACUUCAUGAGAGUGAACCGUCCACGGCGACUGAUGCUCACUCACAGAAGACUGAGGACGUUUACCUAACAAUAAAAGCCCCAAAGCAACCUUUCAGCACCCAUACGGGAUGGUAGGAGUGGGCGUGUCAAAGGAAUAAAGGAUUAGGAUUGGUGGGUCAUGGCCGUCGACUGGGUUGACAUGUGUCGAAUAGGCCACACGCUCUACACUUCAAAAAAAAUUCUCAUUAUAAUGCCCUAGAUACACUUACGACUUAAGACGAAAGACGGCUUAGUGGAAAAUGUUAGAAAUACGGUUUAACCAUUAUUUCGAAUAUAAUUACGUUAAGUCGUCUCUCGAUUAAUCCUCAAGCGUGUCAAAGCUCUAAGGCUUUUAAAGGUCCAUUAAAAGACUUGUAAAAGUCUUUGUUCUAUAAGACAGCUAUUUCGCUUCUUGGAUGAGAUCUUUGCUUUAGCGGAUGGUGAUAUGAUCUGUUUACUAAACAGCUUUCAACAAUUACGCUCUGGGUUCCCAUAACCUCAUUACUCCUAAGGAGCGCUUUCAGAUGACUGCCCGUAUCAAAUAGCACUGUCUGAUAACGACUGAGUGUCAGGAAUACAUUGUUUUUUUUCUGUACAAGGUUUCAGUUAUGAUUUAGGAAUUAAUUGUACCCAGAGCUUAGAGGGGGGCAUUUUCCGCAACUUUUUUUUAGAGGAGUCUCCCUAGAGUAAAAUUUGGAAAGGCAUACACUUAAGAAAAACCUUAAGUUUGUAUAUAAUUUAGUAUUGAAGCCGUUUUUCAUAGUCCAGCUUUUGAUAUGUCUAUCACUACUGUCUAUUAAUACUGUCCGCCUUUAGCAAAUCAAAGUUUACAACUUUCUACUCAAUUUUCUUGCUUUUCUCAUUUCUUUAAUCUGAAAAAGAAAUAUUCUUAGCUUUUACAUAUUCCCCUCCUUGCUUCCUAGGCAUUUCUAAAAGAGAAUGAGUUUACUAAAUUAAAAAUUAUUUUUAAUAAAUAAUUUUGUUUUUUGCACAUGAUCCGUUGUUCUUAAAAAUAGCUGCAGACCCUAAAUUGGAAAUUAAAUUUGUCAAAUGAAUAUAUGCAUUUAUUAUUUUCCGUAACGAAAGUUCCCGGAAUAAGUAUUACGGGAGCGAACUUACGGGUGUGAAGUUUCUGCAAACCUCUGAACUACUUAAGCAAAGCUUGGAAGUGCAUGGAUAGCUACAUCAGAUAUAAUUCGAAUGACUUCAAAAGCCUUGGGUUAAUAAAUUAUUUUAAUUUUAAAGUGUUCAUAUGAAUAAAACAUUUUUCAGUUUUUUUUUUGAACUGCACUUGACCAUUUGAGUAAGAGCAGGUUUGAAAACAUUUUUUUUUCUGAAACAUUUAAUAUUGCAAAAUAAGUUAACAUCAUUACGUUCUUUGAUUGGCUAAGUCUUUGUAUAUUUUGAAUAAGUUUAAGCAUCAGUCAGUCAGGGAAUGAGAUGCAACUGAAACAUUUAAUCACUGAGAAAAAAAACGGGAGUGCGAUUAACUUUUUUUGCUCAUAACUUUAACAUUUUUUAGGUGUAAAAAUAUAUCAACAUUUUUUAAUGUUAAUUUUACACUUUUUUAAGGGUAAAAUUAACAUGAAAAAGGGUAACUUUAACCCCUAAUACACUUAAAAAUCAUAAUAUUUACACCGAUUUCGGAUCAAUACUGCAGGGUAAAAUAAACAUUUCUAGAAUAUUAUUUUAACUUUUUCGGAUUUCUCUCAGUGAUGGGAUUAUUUAAAUAUUUAAUAAAAUCCCUAGUUUUCUGUAGAGCAUUAAUUUUUGCUACAAAAAUGGUUGGAUUUUUCAAGUUCAAUGGGGAAAUGAUUCUAAAUGUAAUGUUCAAUGAGUAGUGAUUAAGAGGCAAAAGAAGCAAAAUUUUAUGAGAAAAUUUAUUAAAAACAUUUAUUCAACUAUACUUUAAUGAAGCGCAAAUUCCGUAAAAAAAAUUUAGGGGUUUCCAGGUUGGAUAUGGGCACUAUGAAAAGUGAAUGGAGUGACUCCGAGUGUUUGGAGGAAAGGCUGCAAGAAUGCUUAAAAUUGAAAAUGGGGCUCAUGCAAAAGAAAAGACGCUGGAGAGGUUGAGGACAAAGAAAGAGAAUACAAGCUGCCAUGAAACAUGGUGAUUCUUAUGGGGGAGACCAUUGCGCUGCCUUAUAAAGCAAGUGGGAGAAAAGACUGAUGAUACAAAAUAACAAAAAAAAACAAGAAAAUUUUAAGAAUAAGUAAUAAAUAACCAUGAGAAUGAGCACACUUGUCAGAGAAGAUGGAAGAUUUUCUGCAGGAUGAAAACACGAUGAAAAAUAGGCAUUUCUAACAAAAACAAAAAAAAUACAAAAUAAUAUUUUGAAAACAAGAAAACAAAUAUUACAAUCUACUACAAAUACAAGUAAAAAAUUUCUUAAUACAAAAUAGAAGAAAAAGAAUUGAUUAGAAAGACGGUAGACACACAAAAGCCAGAUUUAAGCCGGAAUUGAAAGCACGAAGAAAAAUUUCUAAUUAGUUUCUUCUUAAUAAUUGUAUUCGGUGCGUGAGAACUAAAGGGUCAACGAUGAUGACGCAAGUUCAAUUUUGAUGAUUAGUGGUGGAGAAGGGAGUUUAAAUUUUUUUUCAGAGAAAAAUACAUUAAAUAAAAAAAAGAUAAUUGAAACAAAUAAAAGUGAAAUUGUCUGUGUGCUAUUUUACAACCAAGUUGCGAGGAGAAAAAAUAUUUAGCAAUAUCAAAAUAUGUAAAUGUAAUUUAUCGUUUAUAAAGUAAAUAUAGGUAAUACAUCAUAAUAGCAUUAAAAAAACAAAACAGUAACUAAAAAAAUGUGAGAAGGGCGUGAGAGAGGGAGGAGAAAAGGCAUGAAAAUUCAUGGGCUUUGUACAGAAAAAAAAGUGUAAUGUUGAGAUGAAAAGGAGUUUGAUGGUAUUUUCACUUCAAUUUGAGUGACGAUAAACAACUUAAUUAAAAAAAAAGAACACUGAAAGUACCCACGAAUUUUGAGAAAGAUUUAACAGAAAAAAUAAAAUACAAAAUCGAUCGAUCGAACCGAGCCGACGUGAAAAGUUUGAAUGCAAAAAAGCAAAUGAAAAAUUGUGUUGUACGCAAAGGAAAUUUAAAAACAAAACUUAUUUGUAUAAAAUUUAUUCGUAUAGUGUAUAUUAUAUUUUAAUUCAGUGAAGAUUUAAUCAUGAUUUUUUCCUAGUUUCCCCCUGUGAGAAUGUAAAUUUUUUUAAUUUAUUCUAAUCAAUUUUGAGGCACACACAAAUAAUAUUUGCUUCGUGGAACAUUUUUUGGAUUUACUAAGGGAAGCUAUUGAGGCUGAAUACAACUAUAGCUGUACUGCAGUAGGAUGUCUUACGAUGCUGUCCUGAAAAUGUCAAUUCAAUAUCUCAAACCCUCUUGGAGUUAAGCUCUCCAGAGAUUUUUGCAGCUUUUGCUAAAACACUGAUUUUCUGAGAUAUAAACUUUCAAUAGAAUUUAAAUGCACAUCCAGUCUAAAAAGUUUUUUAAAGACUGUUCUAGAAAUAUUCAAAAAUAAAUAAAAGCAUAUUGAGAGAAAAAUAACUAUUUGGUGAAUUUGAAAAAUGUUCCUUAAAGUUAAAAUAAAAAUUCUCAGUAAGACAAUUUUUCUUCAAACACAGAACACACACAAACACAUUUUCUUAUCAUUUAUCACAAACAUAGCAUAGUAAAAUUUUUGAAGAUUGAUUUCACACAAUUUUUUAUUUUAUAAAUUAAAAUACUUACGUUUUGUGCACUUGUAAUUGAAUAUUUAUUCCCAUGUAAAAUAUUUCAGACCCUUCGCGGUCUCUGAUUGGCUAGAUCUUAAAAGCAUUCAAAGGUCUAGCCAAUCAGACAACGCGACAGGACUGAAAUUUUCACUGGAUUAAAUAUUUUAGUACUUGUGGAUAAUGCUUUAAUUGGCAAGAUAUAUAAAAAAGGAAAAA